AUGAGCGGCCCCAGUAGCGGCGAGGGCGGCGCGGGGGGGAGGAGGAGAAGAAGGAGGAGGAGAAGGAGGUCGCUGUCUUUGUAGUCUCCCUGCUGCGGGAGGCAGAGGCCGCCGCCGGAGCCGUCGUCGUUGGAAAAGGGCUGUGUGUGCGCGCGCGUGUCUGCCCGCCCGGCCCGCGGGGACGAGGAGGCGGCGGCGGCGGCGAGGAUGAUGAUGUGCGCAGCGACUGCCUCCCCCGCCGCCGCCUCCUCGGGGCUCGGCGGGGACGGAUUCUACCCAGCCGCCACCUUCUCUUCCUCCCCGGCGCCGGGGGCGCUGUUCAUGCCGGUUCCCGACGGCUCUGUGGCUGCUGCGGGGCUGGGGCUGGGGCUACCGGCCGCGGACUCCCGGGGUCACUACCAGCUGCUGCUGUCAGGCCGGGCCCUGGCCGACCGCUACCGGAGGAUUUAUACAGCUGCGCUCAAUGACAGGGACCAGGGGGGCGGCAGCGCUGGACACCCAGCCUCCAGG